CUUCUCCCCAGACAAUGUGAAUUUCAAAACAACAUUUUUGUGCUGGGACACAGAAACAAACUAUCAAUGUGAAUGUUAAUCCAUAGAAUAUUUGCAAAUGUGACCCUUUUUUACUGGUGGCUUAUAUAAGUUGGGACAGGCAACCAGAGCCCAGUGUAACGAGAGAGAGGAAUGAGUAAAGACCACCACAAAGCAAGGGACCUGCAAGUUUACCGUCCACUGAUGGUCAACACUUCCGAGCAGCACCAUGCAGAGGAGACUGAAGAACGUGCUCGUGGUCUCCUUUGGGUUCCUGCUGCUCUUCACGGCCUAUGGAGGGCUGCAGAGUCUGCAGAGCAGCCUGUACAGCGAGGCAGGCCUGGGCGUGUCAGCGCUCAGCACCCUGUACGGCUCGGUGCUGCUGUCCUCCAUGCUCCUGCCACCACUACUCAUCCGCAUCUUGGGCUGCAAGUGGACCAUCGUGGUCUCCAUGUGUGGCUAUGUGGCCUUCUCCCUAGGCAACUUCUACGCCAGCUGGUACACUCUGAUCCCCACCUCCAUUCUGCUGGGGCUGGGGGCCGCCCCGCUGUGGUCCACACAGUGCACUUACCUCACCGUCAUGGGGAACGAGAGUGCCAAGAAGGAGGGGAAGCCCAGGAAGGACGUGGUGAACCGCUACUUUGGCAUCUUCUUCCUCAUCUUCCAGUCGUCCGGCGUGUGGGGCAACUUGAUCUCGUCUCUGGUCUUUGGCCAGAGGCCCAGCAGAGAGACCAUCACGGAGGAGGAGCUCGUGCUCUGUGGGGCCAACGACUGCCUGAUGGCCACCAGGCCCAGCAACAGCACCCAUCAGCCCUCCCAGGAGCUGGUCUACACCCUGCUGGGCAUCUACACAGGAAGUGGCAUCCUGGCCAUCCUGCUGAUAGCUGUAUUUCUCGAACCCUUACAAGACGAUCAACAGAAUUGUUCAGGGAAAAAGCAGCUACCUUUCUGGUCGACUUUGCUGUCAACUUUCAAGCUAUUUAGAGACAGACGCCUGCGCCUCCUGGUCCUGCUACCACUGUACAGUGGGUUACAGCAGGGAUUCCUCUCUGGUGAAUACACAAGGUCCUAUGUCACCUGUGCCCUGGGCAUCCAGUUCGUGGGCUACGUGAUGAUCUGCUUCGCAGCCGCCGACUCACUGUGCUCCCUGCUGUACGGGAAGUUGUCCCAGUACACGGGCAGGAUGGCCCUUUACAUGCUGGGUGCAGGCACCCAGUUUUCCUGUGCCAUUGCCCUCCUGCUGUGGGAGCCUCACCAGAACCAGGUGCCCUUGUUUUUCCUGUUCCCCAGCCUGUGGGGCGUGGCAGACGCUGUCUGGCAGACACAGAACAAUGCUCUGUUCGGCGUGCUCUUUGAGGACAACAAGGAGGCCGCCUUCUCCAACUACCGCCUGUGGGAAGCACUGGGAUUCGUCAUCGCCUUCGGGUACAGCAAGUUUCUGUGUGUCUACAUCAAACUCUACAUUCUCCUGGGAGUCCUGAUUCUGACCAUGGUGGCUUAUUUAAUUGUCGAGUAUCUGGAGUACAAGAACACGGCGGAACCACUUUCUCCAACACAGUCAAACCCAGGGGAGGAAGAAGAGACACAGACAAAGAUGUGAACGUGCUGGUUGGUGGGGUGAACUCAGAAAAUACGGGUACAAGAGUUUGACUCGAAGACGCCUCAGGGUGACCACUGAUUAUUCUCAACUACUUCAGCAGAUAUUAUACGAUUUCCCUUUGUAUGUACAUUUUCUGCUCUAACAAAUUUUAGUCCAUCUUAUCUGUAGACAUUGAGAGUGUGCGUGAAGAUGUCAGUUAAUCUAAAUUUAGAUACAAACAGUGUAGAAGAGCAAUCAGCCAAUGAGACUUCACUGGAAUCAGAGACUUACCCUUAAUUGUGUAGAUGUUUUUAAGAGUUGGAAGACUACUUAAAAAUAAUGUGCUCUAACACCUAAUUUUACAAAUGGGUAAACAUUUAAACUUCUAACACCACACGUUUCACAAACAGCCAACAAGCCAACUGAAAAGCUAGACUGAAGUCGACGUCUCUUAGAACUUACAGAGUCUGGGUUUCUAAAUAAAGGCAAUUAUUUUACAGACUUA